AUGGCUGAUUCCUCUUCUCCUGGAAGAGGAAGGCCCUCAUUUGGCGUUGAGAGAUUAAGCUCUAAACCACCUUUGGGUCCUAUCAUUGAGGAAAUUGUGGGCACAGCUACAAAAUUGUCUACUCAUCUCUGCUCAAUUUUGGGAAAAUCCUGGAUUUCUUAUGCCUCUUGGUGUUUUAGUAUGGCCCGGGGCUCUCUCUUAACCCCAAAUGAAAAUACCCUUCACUCAUGCUCCUUUUUACCCAUCCUUGUUCAUGAAGUUCUGCCUGAGAGAUUCAAGCUAACUGAAGAUGAGAUCAUAAAAGUGGAAUCUUUGAUUUUACAGCUUGUCCAGAAUAAGGAUGACGAGGGUUGUAGAGCUGAACAGAGAGAGUCGAACUACUUUCUUGAUUCUGCUGAACUGAGAAAUGCAACCCUGUGA